AUGGCAGCGCCCUCCAGAACGCCACACACCGGCAGCGGCAGCAGCGUCGCAAGCGCCGCCGCACCAGCGCAAGCACCAGCAUCGUCUCUGUCGCCCACAUCGCCAGCAGGCCAGACCCACCCGCACCACCAUCACCAUCACCAUCAUCAUCAUCACCAUCACCACGCUCAUCACAUCACCGACCCUGCGCGCCGAAAGAAGAAGCACCUCCCAGCCCAGCUCGCCCAGCUGCAGCUCGAGAACGAGGACGAGGAUGCCAACAACUUCAUCUCGUCAUCUCGCGACGCUUCCGAAGAGGACAAUGACGAUCAAGAGGAGACCUUUGACGACGAUGCAUCCAUUGCAUCUCUCCGCCAGCAUCAGCAGGGUGCAAGCACCAGCUCCCUGACCAACGUUCCCAUCUCCUCAUCGCUCUCCUCUAUCCCGCCCAAUGAUCGCGACCAAGCUCUGAUCGACUCGGCCGCAUUGCAUCAGCCGUCCAAGCUGCAGCACCAGCUCAAGCCCACCACUGCUCUCGAUGACAAGACACCCGCAAGCACAAGUCCGCCUCGCGUCGCCGCCGCCCCAGCAGUCGCUUCCGCGGCUGGAAUUGCUGGCGCUCCCACCAGGACCGCUCAGCCAAACGUGCAGCACGGCUUCGUCUCUCCCACACAGCAGCAGAACCAGUCGUCGCAAGAUCGCAGACGCGAGGCCUCGUCCGAUGACGACGACCGAUACGUCCGCCCCUCGGUGGGUGCGACGCUGGCGAACGCAAGCGCUGCCCUCUCCAGCAGCUCGUCGACCGAGCUCCUCCCCAAGGCGAUCGUCGCACAGCGACAGGCGACUCACCCAGCUGGAGCGGCCUCCGAUCGCUCUGCAAAGGCGAACUCGGGCGCCAACCUCAACCUCGGCUCGCUUCCAGCUCCCAAUCUUGCAGGCGGCGCUUCCUCGUCUCAGCCGUUGAGCACGGUCAAGCCACAGAGCCAAGCCAUUGACCCCAUCUCGAGCGCCACGGCUGCGGCUACGCCCAAGGCGCAGCAGGUAAGCGAGACCAGCGCAGCGCCAGCUCCGGACAGUGCUAUGCUUGGUCAAGCCGCCACCUCGGGCGGCAUCUCACCGGCUGCCAAGCGCAAGACUUCCGCCUCGCAUCACGCUUCCACCGCUAGUGCACGCCGCGCAGAGAUCCACGAUGGCGCUGCCGAAGAGGCUGGCAACAACACGGAUGGUGCCACCCCCUACGAUGGCGAUGUCGAGUAUGCCGCCCGCACCCCCUCGUCUGUUCCAGCCGGCACCAGCUCGUCUGGCGGCAAUGUUCCGAUUCAGCGCGACAUCAGCAAGUCUGCUUCCGCAGCGAGCCGCGCUCCCGCCAAGAGCACCGCCCCGGGACCUGUCCGUUCGCUCUCAUAUAUCGAGACCAUGAAGAGCAAACACGCCGACUGCCAACCCGAAGGCGACGAGUUCGAGGAGGGCGGCUUCCAGCCCUCGUCGAUCCCAUCGGCAGAAGAGAUCCAGGCCUGGGUCAACCAAGCCAUCUUCAAGCCUGACGCUCAGCGCGACUACUCGAUCAACCCGCCGCCCAAGCGCUACGACAGCGAGGGUCGCGAACGCCCCAUCCGCAUCUAUGCCGACGGGGUCUACGACCUCUUCCACUACGCCCACGCGCUGCAGCUUCGUCAGGCCAAGCUGUCUUUCCCGUCGGUGCACCUCAUCGUGGGCGUGGUGAGCAGCUUCUCGUGCGGCAAGCACAAGAACAAGCCCGUGCUCACAAGCCAGGAGCGCUACGAGUGCGUGCGCAACUGCCGCUGGGUCGACGAGGUUCUCGAAGACGCUCCUUGGGUGGUCGACCAGAACCUCAUCGACACUCUCGAGAUCGACUACAUCGCCCACGACGACCUGCCGUAUUCGGGCAUUGGCAUGGAGGACAUCUACGCAUUUGUCAAGAAGCAGGGCAGAUUCCUGCCUACCAGAAGGACCGACGGUGUGUCGACGUCCGAACUGCUCGGUCGUAUCGUCGAGGUCUAUAGGGAGGGCAGCCUCGAUGGCAAGCUCACCAAGAUCGGGCUCGAGGACCUCACCUCCACACAUAUUCCCAAGUCAAGCAUCGAUCUUCUCGAUAAGAUGUACGCUCCCACUCGCGGCGGUGCACGCGGCGGUGCGGCCGAGUUCAGCUGGGACAAGGUCAAGGAGUCCAAGGACCGCGAGUUCUACCUUGGCAACUCGGUCGCUGCUCCCACCGGUCGAUGGCAAGACGGACGCGACAUCAACUGGUACAACAAAGACAGCUCGUCCUCCGCAUCCGCCGCUGCCGAAGAGAGGCGUGAAGAGCUGCGCCGAAUCAAAGAGGCCGAAACGGCGGCGCUCUACGCUAAACUCGGUAAGCCGCCUCCGCCCUCAACCACCGACUCUUCCGCCAAAGUUGGCGACAGACUGGCUGUCGGGUCGGCAUCGACGUCAGGAAGGAGUGCUACGGGUGCCAACGGCGAACCUCUCGAUGCGUCAAGAUCCAAGUGGGGAGGAGAGGAGGAGAUUUCAGAGGCAGACAAGAAGCUUGCUCGCAAGUUCGCUAGAGACGAGGUGAGGAGACGCCGUGCAGAGGCGGGCGAGGACGGAAGCAGGAGCAAGCGCGAUCGCGACAGCCACCACAAGAGCAGCAGUCGACAUGGUGAAGACGAUGAAGAUCGUCGCAGACGCCAUGAGCGGCACCGAGACUCGAAGCGACACCGCGAGCACGGCCGCGAUGGCGACGAGUCGAAACGAAGCCACCGUCGAAGCGGACGAAGUCGCAGUCGGAGCGCGAGUCCGAGCAGGGGAAGCAGGUCCAGAUCGCCUGAAUCUUCGCGACGACACCGUCACCAUCGCCAUCAACGAGACCACGACGCAAGCAGUCAUCGUGCGAGGGAUUCCACGUCUGCUGAGCGCGAGCACCGCCGGCACCGAGACGAUGACUCGCGGCACCAUCCAUCGUCACGUCGCGAGCAUGAUAGCUCGCAUCGUCGAAGAGAUUGA